AAGUCAACACAUGCCCGCCCCCCAAGACGGGCCACGAUACCACCCAAUGGCAAAGUAGAAAACACGAAUGACAGUUCCCCUGACCAAUGAGAUGGCGAGAAAGCUGAGCGGCGGUUCAACCCUCGGGGGCUUGAGGGGAGGGGGAAGGCGAAGCUUGAAAGACUUGGUAAUGGCGACGGGUUUGUCGGAGCACCAUAACAUGGUGUGGGAAGUGAAGACAAAUCAGAUGCCUAAUGCAGUACAGAAACUCCUGCUGGUAAUGGACAAGAGAGCUUCAGGAAUGAAUGACUCACUGGAGUUGCUGCAGUGUAAUGAGAAUUUGCCAUCCUCGCCUGGAUAUAACUCCUGUGAUGAGCACAUGGAGCUUGAUGACCUUCCUGAACUUCAGGCUGUUCAGAGUGAUCCUGCCCCAUCAUCCAUAUAUCAGCUAAGUUCUGACGUUUCCCAUCAAGAAUAUCCAAGACCAUCCUGGAACCAGAAUACCUCAGGUGUAUCGGAAAAUACGUACCGUGAAAAUGAGGUGGACUGGCUAACAGAAUUAGCAAAUAUUGCCACCAGUCCACAGAGUCCCCUGAUGCAGUGCUCAUUUUACAACAGAUCAUCUCCUGUACACAUCAUAGCUACUAGCAAAAGUUUACAUUCCUAUGCACGCCCUCCACCUGUGUCGACAGCUUCCAAGAGCGAGCCGGCCUUCCCUCACCACCACUGGAAGGACACAGCACCAGUCAGACAUGAAAGGGCAAACAGUGAGUCAGAAUCUGGCAUUUUCUGCAUGUCCUCCCUGUCAGAUGAUGACGACUUGGGAUGGUGCAAUUCUUGGCCUUCAACUGUUUGGCACUGUUUCUUGAAAGGCACACGUCUGUGCUUUCAUAAGGGAAGCAAUAAGGAAUGGCAGGAUGUUGAAGAUUUUGCUAGAACUGAAGGUUGUGAAAAUGAGGAUGACCUCCAAAUGAGCACUCACAAGGGCUAUGGUUCUGAUGGUCUAAAGUUGUUAUCACAUGAAGAAAGUGUGUCAUUCGGUGAAUCUGUACUGAAGUUGACUUUUGAUCCUGGUACAGUAGAAGAUGGCUUACUUACCGUAGAGUGUAAACUGGACCACCCUUUCUAUGUUAAAAAUAAAGGUUGGUCAUCAUUUUACCCAAGCUUGACUGUGGUGCAGCAUGGCAUUCCAUGUUGUGAAGUCCACAUUGGCGACGUCUGUCUACCUCCUGGACACCCCGAUGCCAUUAAUUUUGAUGAUUCAGGGGUUUUUGAUACAUUUAAAAGCUAUGACUUCACGCCCCUGGACUCCUCUGCGGUGUACGUGCUGAGCAGCAUGGCCCGUCAGCGCCGUGCGUCUCUCUCUUGCGGAGGACCUGCUGGCCCAGACUUGGCAGCAUCUGGACUGAGUAAGAGCUGUGGCUCGCCAGGAUCCUCACAGCUCUCUUCCAGUUCUUUGUAUGCUAAAGCUGUCAAAAAUCACAGCUCAGGGACUGUGAGCACCACUUCUCCUAACAAGUGCAAAAGACCAAUGAAUGCCUUCAUGCUUUUUGCCAAAAAAUACAGAGUUGAAUAUACUCAGAUGUACCCAGGGAAAGAUAACAGAGCCAUAAGUGUGAUCCUUGGUGACAGGUGGAAGAAAAUGAAGAAUGAAGAGAGAAGGAUGUACACAUUGGAAGCAAAGGCUUUGGCGGAAGAACAGAAACGUUUAAAUCCUGACUGUUGGAAAAGGAAAAGAACCAAUUCAGGCUCACAACAACAUUGAACCAGGAUGCUUAUGUUCUUAAGUCUGUAUAUUUGCCUAAACAUUGACUCGUGACUUAAGAGGAUCCGCGGUCUCACCAUCUGUCCUGAGCUAAUGGGAUGACCGUAAGACACUGAUAAGCAUUGAGUCCUGAAAUGGUUUUAUUAUAUGAGUGAAGAUUUGCUUUCUCCAUUAGAGCAUUAAGUAAGCUAAAACUAUCAACAUUGUAAACCAAAUUGCCUUAUUUUCCUUCCAAACUUCAUAUAUGUCUAUCAGGUAAUAUAGGCUUGAAAUUGAUAUCCUGUGGUGCUAAAGUACAGUAGAAAGAGAGAUGUGUAUACAUGUUUUAUUUUAAAUUGUAUGAAAGGAGAAUUCAAAAUACGUAACUGCUGUUAUUGGCUCCUUCCUGCUUAUGAAUCCGUAUUGUACACAUGAUGGAAUGGAGCAGGAGCUGGGAGGCGGCCUUCCUGGCACCCUCACGUGGCCCAGCAUCUGUGCCAAACACAGGCGCUCUUCAGCUGGGCUGGUGCCAAGACUGCCCGAACAUGUGGCAGGAGGAAGGGGUCAGCAUCCCAGUGGAAGGGCCACCUAGUGCAGUUACCGUGAGCAAUGCGGAGUUUAUGCAGCAGGUGGCAGCACCCAGCCAUUUCCAAUGGAGACCUAGCCCAGGCCAAGGUAAACUUAGUUAAUAGCAUUGGGAUAUAGUCACUGUAAUGGUGCUAUUAACAGUUUGACACCAUUGUAUUUUUUAACUUUGUGCUCUGUAUCUCAGCCACGUAUGUUAAAUAUAUUUUGUCAUCGUAUCUUUAUGGUGGGGGCAGACUCUGCACUUGUCACAGUGCAACACUUGCACUUUACUUUUCCUCCCGCUGGCUCAAGCUACAGCAAAUACACUGGCAGUACAGCUGCUUUUGCUCUGAGCUACAAUCAUGGCUUCUUCUGUUACUUACCACGUGGUGUUUCUGGUUAGCAAUCACAGCUGUAAAAUCAAUUUCAGUUCAUUACACUUCUUCAUAAUGUUGCCCCUAAAUUUUGCACACUAUAUUCUUGUAUAUUAUUUCAAAUAAAAUGAGAAAAAAGUUUUA